UUUCACUCGCUCAGCUGUCACUCUGUCUGUCACUCUCAGGAUAUCCCCUUCCCUCUGUCUAGGGUUUCAUAAUGCAUCAGGAUCUCAUUCAGAGGCAGGGGUGGAUUUCAUCCUCCUGCUUUCUCCUCGGUUUAGAACAUGGACGAGUCAUGAGCACUACUUCAGCAUGAAUCAACAGCCCGGGGUCAUGGAAAUAAGGAAGGGUCACAGGCCAGUGCCUCACAGAGCCGCCAACCUAACUUUGAAGAACUAAAUACAAAUAACAAUUUAGCUGAAGCUGAUUUUUGGGAGCAGUUUUUUUUUUGUACGUGAAUUUCUUGGAUCUAUUAGAUAUACACUCAUGGGAAAUGCAGCAGGAAGCAUCGAGGUACCCCCGGGGAAGGAGGGCAAGACCGUGUCGGCCCCUCCGGGCCCCCAGAAACAAACCACGGGGCUGAAACUCCCGAUGCCACCUGAAGAGGAACUGGAGCAACGCUUCAGUGCAGUGCUGAGCACCAUGAAUCUCCCUCCAGACAAGGUGAAGAUCCUCAGUCAGUACGACAACGAGAAGAAGUGGGAUCUGGUCUGUGAUCAGGAGAGAUUUCAAGUGAAGAAUCCUCCGUCUGCUUAUUUGGAGAAGCUGAAGAGUCACCUGGAUCAUGGAGGAGUCAGCCGAAAGUUUAAGAGACGAGUCCAGGAGUCCACUCAGAUCCUGAGAGAGCUGGAGAUUUCCCUGAGGACCAAUUAUAUAGGCUGGGCUCAGGAGUUCCUAAAUGAGGAAAACCAAGGCUUAGACGUCCUGGUGGAGUAUUUGUCCUUCGCUCAUAGCGCUGUCACGCACGACGUGGACGCUUUGGACAACGGCACGCCGCCCGCAGACAAACACAAAACUGUGGACAAGUCAGCAGAGGAUCUGAGCAGAAGUGCCAGUAACUCGCCGUCUCACAGUGCCUCGAAGGCCAGCAAGACCUUCACGGUCAGGAAAGCCCUGAGGAGCUCUCGUGCUGCCAGUCAGACAGACGACGUUCACCUCUGCAUCAUGUGUUUACGUGCCAUCAUGAACUAUCAGUCCGGCUUCAGCCUGGUGAUGAAACAUCCGCGCUGUGUCAACGAGAUCACGCUCAGCCUCAACAACAGAAACCCCAGGACCAAAGCUCUGGUGCUGGAGCUGCUGGCGGCCGUGUGCUUGGUAAGAGGAGGCCAUGACAUCAUCCUCUCCGCCUUCGACCACUUCAAAGAGGUGUGUGGAGAGAAAAGUCGAUUUGAGAAGCUCAUGGAGUAUUUCUGCAAAGAGGAAAGCAACAUCGACUUCAUGGUGGCCUGCAUGCAGUUCAUCAACAUCGUGGUCCACUCAGUGGAGAACAUGAACUUCAGGGUCCACCUGCAGUAUGAGUUCACUCGUCACGGGCUGGAUGACUACUUGGAGAAGCUGAAGUUCACAGAGAGCGACAGGCUGCUGGUGCAGAUUCAGGCCUAUCUGGACAAUGUGUUUGAUGUGGGGGCUCUGCUGGAGGACGCAGAGACCAAGAAUGCUCUGCUGGAACACAUGGAGGAACUGCAGGAACACAACACACAGCUGAGCAGCAGGCUGCAGGAGAGCGAGAGGGAGGCGGCGGACAGAGUCUCAGACUUGGAGAAGAAGCUCAUCCAGACCACAAAAGAAGUGGAGCUCCUAAAGGAGAGUCUCCGUGAGUCUUGCUCCCAGGUGAGUCUCCUCCAGCAGCGAGAACGAGAGAGAGAGCUAGAGCUGGAGAGGGAGAGAGAGAGAGAGCGAGACAAGGACCGAUCCACCCAGGCCCUGAGGGAGCUGGAGGCCAAAGUCCAGGAUCUGGUGGAGCAGGGGCUGGUCCGCAUGCAGCGCUCCUCCUCCGGACGCCUGGACGUCCAGGUGGUCCCCGUCAUCCAGCACGUGAUGCAGACAGAUUGUGUCGAUCCUAAAAUGAGCAGAGAUCAGAAUGACCACGAGGCCACUCCCCCCUCCUCAGACCCUCAGCCUCACCUCUCUGAAGCUCCUCCUCUGCAGCCAGCGACAGCGCAAGCUCCUCCUCCUCCACCACCACCACCUCCACCUACAGACUCUGCUGGAACUCCUCCUCCUCCUCCUCCUCCACCCCUGCUGCCUCCUGGAGGUGGUGCGACCCAGCUGUCAGGGGGUGUGACUGAUGGGAGCUCAGGUUGUAGAAAAAAGAAACCCAUUCAGACCAAAUACUGCAUGCCGCUGCUGAACUGGCAGGCGCUGAAGUCCAACCAGGUGACAGGAACCAUCUUCAACGAGCUGGACGACGAGCACGUCUUAGAGGAGCUUAACAUGUCGGCUUUUGAGGAGCAGUUCAAGACCAAGGCCCAGUCCACCCCUGUAGACCUGGGGACCCUCAAGAUGAAGCUGGCCCACAAGACCCCCAGUAAAGUGUCUCUAAUGGAGCCCAACAGGGCCAAAAACCUGGCCAUCACCCUGCGAAAGGAAGGAAUGGCAGCGUCUGACAUCUGCUGUGCGAUUGAGACGUACAACCUGAGAGCUCUGAGUCUGGACUUCCUCGAGCUCCUGGAGCGCUUCAUCCCCACAGACUACGAAAUGAAGCUCAUCCACAACUACGAGUGCGAGGGCAGGCCCCUGGACGAGCUCAGCGAGGAGGACCGCUUCAUGGUGCGCUUCGGCAAGAUCCCGCGGCUUUCCCAGCGCAUCAGCACGCUCACCUUCAUGGGCAACUUCCCCGAGAGCGUCCAGCUAAUACAGCCGCAACUGAACGCCCUCAUCGCUGCCUCGAUGUCGAUCAAAUCUUCCAACAAGCUGAAGAAAAUCCUGGAGAUCAUCUUAGCGUUUGGAAACUACAUGAACAGCAGCAAGCGAGGGGCAGCGUACGGCUUCCGGCUGCAGAGUUUAGAUCUGCUGUUAGACACCAAGUCGACCGACCGCAAGCAGACGCUGCUGCACUUCAUCGUCAGCAUCAUCCAGGAGAAGUACCCCGACGUCCAGGCCUUCUACACCGAGCUGCACUUCCUGGACAAGGCGGCGCUGGUUUCUCUCGACAGCGUCCUGCAGGACGUGCGAGCUCUGGAUCGAGGCAUGGAGGCGACCCGGAGGGAGUUCUCUGCAGAGAAACACAACCCUGUGCUGCAGACGUUCCUCAGCAGCAACAGCGAGCUGCUUCACGGCCUCACAGCUGACGGGAAAACAGCCCAGGACGCGUACGACUCUGCUGUGGAGUACUUCGGAGAGAACUCUAAAACCACCCCGCCCUCCAUGUUCUUCCCUGUUUUUGUCCGGUUCAUCAAGGCUUACAAGCAAGCCGAGCUGGAGAACGAGCAGAGGAAGAAACGACUCGUCCUGAGCUGCGACGCUCCGUCGACCCCGCCUAAACCUGAAGGCGCUGCCAAUAAGGUCUGUGUGACGUCCAGGCUGCCGCAGGUGGAUCUGAUAGCAGAGCUGAAGAAGAGGCAGGUGUCUCCGCAGGUGAGGGAGGGAAAGGACGGCGCCAUCGAGGACAUCAUCACAGAUUUAAGGAAUCAGCCGUACAGACGGACAGACGGCAGCCGACGCAGCGCCAAGUGGAAACCGGGACAGCAGCUCCACGUGUCCUCAGACAUCUCGCUGUGAGGACGACGGACCGGAGAUCAGCUGUUUGACUCACCGUGGCAACAAGAAACGCAGAGGUGAAAGAUCACGAUUCAGACAAAGAUCAGCUGAAAUCUUCCUGAAACGUUCUGUGAUAAAAUCAAAUGUUAAAGAGUGAAUCUUAGCCGCACUCGAUGCUAAUGAUGCCGGAUGUCUUCUGAGCUCGUUAAGACAAUUAAUCGGAAGAAUGAUCCGCCCAGCCGGAAAGAGCUCAGACAUUACAGCCUCAGCUCAAAGCGAAGAGAAACUGUGAUGGACACAUUCAGAAAUCAUCUUUCUUAAAAAUGAUUUUUUAAUUGAUUUUAAAUAGAAGAUUAAUUACUGCUGUCUGUCUUAAAGUAGGUCAACUUUAGGCUGAAGAUUUGUAAAAUAUUUAAAUUAUUUUUAAUACUGAAGUGUACGAAUGAGGAAGUUCGACUUUGCUUCUGCAUUUCAGCAAAUAAAACAUUUUCUACCGUU